AUGGUGGCUGCCGAGGAAGGGUCAAAGGUUCCAGAGACGCUUUUUCGACGAGGCGGGGCGUUGCUCGUCCGUCCCCCCGAUAUGCUCUCCUCCCUCCACCACAACCAGGACGAUAAUGACGACGACCACCUCCGCGUUCUCAUAGACCAGCGCUUCGCCCGCGCCGACGUCCACGCCCAUUUCUCUUCCGCCGCCUCAGAGUAUCCCGACUCUCCGUCUGUCUACAGUCGCUCAUAUUUUUCGCCCAAGUCAUCUCAGGCCGUUGACUACGACUACCCCUCCCCAAUUUCGCCCACAUAUCCCCGUGGACCUGAUCAUGACCAGGCUACCAGUAUGCUCGACCUCGGCGACGACCCUCGGUCUUCCAUCGCAACCUCAGCGGGAUACGACCACGGCACUCCCUACGAAGACGCGGAGGACGAUGGCGAGUCCUCUCCUACAACUCGCAUGAGCUAUCUUGGACCGAAAAUGCGAUUCCACUCCCGUGCUCCGUGGGAGAUGGACGGCGGUGUUCUCGAAGAGGAUGAAGAAACCGAAGCGGAGACCCGCCGCUUUCCUGCUGGUUUCCCCUUCUCUCGCGGCUCAAGCACGAAGAAUGGCACCUCCAGCUCUUCCAGUCCGCGUCCUAGCUAUGCUGGUCGGCCCAGCGCAGAGUCUGCUCGCUCUCAGGUGCCUCCUAAGCGAUCAUUCGAAACCAUCACCUCGCAGAUCUCAUACCCACGAGGCGCCUUGUACGCACUGGCUCAAGAGAGGCGGCCGUCUGCUCCUCCACAGAGAGAAAUUCUACGCAACAAGUUCUCGCUUGGUCGGCUUCGUUCUGAUACUUCGACUGCUCCCCCACCAGUCCCUUCUCCCGUCCGUACACCGGUGAAUCACCGAUUCCCAUCCCCAGCCGGAGCCAGUGAUCUACCAACAUCUCCUUUCGAUUCACCUAACCCCAACGCUCCUUAUGUACAAAACAGUUAUCCUGUCCAACCAGAAGACGCUUUCCAUCCAUAUGCCAACCCGGACCUAAUUGUAUCCUAUGCCGAGGAGCAAGCACCGGCGCCCACUUCUCGGACCUCCAACUACCUCCCCACCCGCAACGAGUCAAGCGUCACGGUUACAGAAUCCUUUUCUGCCGAUUCAAUGUCAAGGACCACCGUACGAUCAAACUCGGCCACAUUGACGCCGGAUACGUCUAUAAACUCCGUUUCGUCACGGCAGCGCAUAUCAUCCAUCAAUCCGAAAACUAUAUCCUCUCCAGUGUCUGUCGUAAGAAGCCUACAGCACAUCGAUGGUCCCGCUUCUGAUGUGCGGCAGGAGCAAACGGUAAUCAUGCCUCCGCCUGGUGUGUCGCACCUUCAUGGUUGGACAGAACGCCAGGUUGCUCCAGCUUUCUCCUUAAUUUCUCUUGAGGAAGCGAGAGCUCAGCGCAUGCGAAGUUCGACAGUAGUCGACUCCUCAAGAAUAUCGACUUCGAGCGGGAUCGAUGCGUCUAGCGCCUCUUGUUCAGGCGAAGCUGAAUCUUCAUUUCCCACCACUACGACAGAAUAUCCUCUGGGUAAUUUGGCUGCAAGAGCUCGAGGACGUUCUAUCAGUGCUGGUUCCAAGGCAAAAAACGCGUUUCAGACCAUCGUUGGACAACCUAAAAUGGAGCGGCGAGAUUCAGAGCCGUCUGUCGUGCCUCAACAAGGUCCACCUGGCAAGACUCUCAAGCACAAGAAAAGUGGUUUCAUGCGCCUUUUCAAUGCGGGAAAAGCUCAAGAGAAGGAUGGCAGGGAAAGUCCGCCUCCCGUGCCCUCUUUACCUGAUUACCCCAAUCAGAGUCAGCCUCUUCAGAGAACAUCCAAGUCCAACGUUACGCGUGUGCCAGUCCCAAGCCUUUCAUCCUCUCUGCUAGAGGCUGCGGAUAUUCAACGGAGCGACCCUUCGACUAAUGACGGGGGAGAUUCUUGGAAACCCAAUUUGUUCAGCCCAAGGCGCGUUCCACCUGCGCUUUCAAUCAGUACAGCGCCAGGCCCUUCAGCCCGUGUACCAGCCUCUGUCUUCCCUGACAGAGCCCAGCAAGGAAUGAGCAUGGGCGGCCUCCGAGUAGAAAGGCCUUGGUCAAACGACCUUCAACCCCAAAGCGCCCCAGCCAAUGUAUCCGAGUUCCCAGCACUGAAAUUACGACCUGUCUCGACUGUGUUUAGUGCCCAAUUCGGCGAUCAUAUUGUAUCAGCGGAAUCACGAUCAUCUGACGAAACGACAGACCUCGACACCCCUCGAUCCCCGAGUCCUACCGGUAUAAUGUCGCCUGUCACUCCAGGCUUUUCGCGCUCGAGCAACGAGCAGCCUCAGAUUACGGUUACGGGUGGCUCUGACGACAGUUCAGCCGUCAGGGCGCUGCAAGACCAAUUUGUAUCGACGAAGAAGGCGUGGCUGAGGCAGGUGCAAGAGCUCGAGUGCCAGGUUAGGGACUUGAAGAUUGAAGUAGAGGAAUGGAAGGGCCGCAAUAGCGGGGAUUAUUGCGAGAGUUGUGGGAGGGGCGACACGAAGGACGGCCCUAUUUCUGCGCCAGCAGCGAGCAGCGUCAUUAACAGACCCAGGGCACGCACAGGUACUUCAUCUCGGUUCGGAAGCAUUCUGCCUUGA